AUGUCGCUUUUGCUGCUGGCGGUCGGUGGCUGGCUGGCAGCAGGCGUGCUGGCUCGCGAAUGCCCGGACUGUGUCAGCAGGAGUUGGAGCUGUCCCAAGAGAUGCAGUCCAUCGAACACCAGGCUUCACACCUUUAAUUUCCAGUACAAGGAGACUCGCUGUUUGGACAUCAUCCCAUGGAAUGGCAGCUCGAUGCAGGUCGACAUGAACCUAUGGUGUGCCAUGCCAUCAACGAAGCGGUGCCGUGAUUUCAUGUGUCGGAGCAGGAUUAGCUGCUACAACAUGGACCGGUUCACAGCCCGUGGCAUGAUUUCCUCGCUUGGAUUUUGUCCUGUGCCUGCAGAGCACUCGGACCUUAUGUCCCAGAACUGCGACUGGGUUUGCAAGCGUGGCGAGCCGACCAUCCGCUGCAAGUACGACUUUGACCGCUCUGGCAGAUUUGGGAUACAGUCAAGACUCGAUACUUGCUGGGUCCAGGAGAGGUGUGUCAGUGGGCAAACUCAAACGUUGACGACCGUGUGCAAGCCUGAUGGCCGAGCGAGCCAAUCUCCACACGCUAACCUGCUCGGAUUUGCGACUUUGCUGGUGACGCGCCCAGCUCGAUUUGCAGCACAGUCCGGGGUGGAGCGUGCUCUGGGAAACGCGCUGGCGCAGUUGGUAGCCACUUCCGAGACACACGUCACUGUGGAGAUUCGCAGAAAUGGCACAUGGCAGCGCAACAUGCUGGAGAACACGACACAAGCUUUGCAUGCGAUGUUCAACAUCUCUGUGGUUGGCAAUGCGAGCUUCGACCCCCUGCAGCGUGCGAUUGCCACCAAAAUUUUGAUGGAGCAGGCCAACAGCAGUCAAAUCACCCAAGCCAUGAACUCGGCACUCGUGGCACGAGGUUUGGAGGCCUCCGUUCAAGCAGCCGAUCUGACGGUAAGUCCGGGCCUGCAGAACUUGACCGAACAAGGGCCCUCCCGGCAGGAAUUCUAUGCGCUUGUCGCACUCCUGCGGAAAUACAAAGACUACCUGAAUGAGGUCCGCGAGGACCUCCAACAGGCCCAAUCCGAGCUGAGCCUUCAGAACCUAUCGAGGGAAGAGUUCGCGAGCAUCAAGGCAAAGCACAACUCCGCUCAGCAGCAUAUGUCCGAGAUCAUGUCGUCACAUUCUGAGCUUUCCUCGGAAAUCGAGAAUGCCAUCGCGAAGCGGAACUUGACGAAGCAUGCGCUGGUGGUUGCACAAUCGGCGGCACAGUCCGCCGCUGCGGAGUUGCUCCGGACACAAGCGAACUUAUCUUCGUCGCAGGCUGAUCUUGCAGCGCUGAAACAAAAGCAAGUGGCAGCUGAGCAAGACCUUCUGAGCGCCUUGGCCGUGAAAGAAAGCUUGAACAAACAGCUGAAGGAGAACACGACCAGGCUCGGCACUUCUCUCGAGGCUGUUUAUGAGGAUCUCAAGUACAUGCGGAAGCUGUUGGUGGAAGCCCAGCAGGCGAACCAGAGCAACUAUAAGGAGCUGGAAGACUUGGUGGGAGACCUCCUUGAGGAGCAGGCCAAUCACAACGUCACAAAGUUCGCUUUGGCCCUCGAGCGCGAAGACCACGACAUGACAAAGGACGAGCUGGAAGAGAUGACAGCAGAGCAUUCGCAGGAUUUGUGGCAGCUCCACGUUGAAAAGCAGCAUCACCGGGAAACCAAACAGGACCUUCGUGACGAGACGCUCCUCCACCUGCAAACAAAGGCGAAGUUGGAAGAGGUGAGCAAGACUGCUUCCACGAUGACCUUGACCUUCGUUGUUGUGACAUCUUGCAUGUCGCUUCUGCUGGUUGUGCUGGCGGCAGCGUUCCUUGUGACCUUUUUCCGCAAGCGAAGCAUCGAACGUCUUGCGGUCGUGGCCGACGGCAGUACAGGCGACAACAACAUUGUGGUAGGCCGCCCAGUGGAGCCAACCUCCCGAGAUGCUUGGGUUAAGACGGUCGAAAUCGGCACAAAGCCGGGACCCACUCUGCUGAGCUGCUUGGGGAGCCCGAUGAAGCACCCAAAGAGCAUCGGUGGUGCAUCAAGCGCUUGUGGAGGCAUCUUUUGCACAAGUCCUGCUGGCCCCAUGUGGCUCCUGCUUCCACUUACAUCACUCACCUGCCUUGGGCAAUCGGGGCGUCAACCAACGAUCGCUCGCAGAAGUCAGAGCACUGCUACGGCAGGCCCACGAGCCCUGGCGGCCUUGCCUUCUCGCGAAAAAGCUCGGCUGAUCUUGGCCGCUGGUGGUGCAGAAUGGUGGGAAGAGGCCGGCGGUGAAUGGGCUCAAGUCCAGAAGGCGACCGACCCCGAUUUGGGAAGUCCCUUCUUCUCAGUGGCCACGGAGCCCGGAACUGGAGUCGUUGCGGUUGGAGGAGGCGCCGGGCGAACAGCCAGCAUCUUCGGCCCGAAUGGCUCCUUGCUGGCCACUCUUCGCGGGCACACGGGUUGGGUUCGUGAUCUGCUAUUCCACGACGGCCAUUUGUUCAGUAUCGGGUGCAACUUCAUCAAAGUCUGGAGGCGAUAUGGUGUUGACAAGCAAUCAGCUUCGUCUUGGCAUCACGUCGGUGACCUUGAGGUGAGAGGUGAUCUCCUUGCGCUUGCCGUGUGCGGCGGGUUUUUGGUCGCAGCUGGAGCCUCCAAGCACCACAACUGGUUCCGGCUGCCAGUCAAAGAGCUACGCCCAAAGGACUGGCUCGCCGAAGCGCAAGCAUCACUUACCCAAAGCGAGAGCCCCCACGCUGGUCGUACAACCGCUUUGGCCUCCUCCGGGGCGAGGCUGUUGUCAUGCGGGCACGAUGGCCGAGUAUGCGCGGAGAGGUUGCACAGCGACGACAUAUGCCGUUCGGCGUCGUCCGAUAAACUUCCGGGUGGCAAGCUUCUUUGCAUGGCUCUUCUUGAGAAAGGAAAAAUGGCAGUUGGCAGCGAGGAAGGUCUGAUGCACGUUCUGGAUGCAGAAAGUCUGCGACCGACUGGAAGCUUUCGGCCUUUCGCCGGCUCUCCGAUCCAUGCGCUCUGCGCCCUACCUAGAGCUCGUGUUGCAGCGGUAUCGAGCAGCUUUGCUGGCUUCGCGGUGGCAUCACCGACAGAGAACGCAAUCAAAAUUGUUACAAAAGGCUUCCUGGGCCUGGAAGGCCGGAGCGAGGUGGCCUGGAAUCUCCGAGUGCCGGCCAACGAGCCAUCCGGUCCGUGGCGCUCUGUCUUCAAGGUUGGAGGCAAAAAAGGCCCCAAGCACGUAGAAUGGCUGUUGGGUGACCGCCUCUACGGAAUUCCACUCAUCUUGGAGCCCGUUUCGCAAGUUCAAGUACCCAGCCGGGAGUCGCAUCCAGAGUCCACAGAAAACGAGACGAGGAUGGUCUCCAGGAGUCCUCGAGGCGCUCUGCGACUAAUCCGAGCUCUCGAGUCGCUCCGCAUUUACCCCGGCUACCCGCCCCCCGGCCCCGGCUUCCCCGUGGUUCCAAGAGGUUUAGGAGUCCUGGCCCACGUGCAGCCCGUGCAGCCUUGCGAGCAUGUGCUGGACAUCCCGCUCAACGACGGCAGCGGGAAGGUCAUGUGCGUCGGGGUUCCGGAUAAGUGGUGGCUCUACGGGACCCCGGUCGUGCAGAUUGGUCUUUGUGAUUGUAGCGUCAGGCCGGCAACUCAGCAGUUGGCCAGAUCUGAGGAGUUCAACGUGUCCCAUGCGUUGGAGAGCUUUCAGAUCAACGGCUUCGUGGUCCUGGACAAUACACUGUCAAAGCUACAGCUGGAGGACCUGCGCAAGGCACCGGGCUUCUCAGUCUUAGGGGUCGACUUGGAAGUAGGAAAAGAAAAGGAACGAACGGACCAGGCUUGCAGCAAUAUCAUGGACCAGAUCUUUGCAUCCGAUCCUGAAGGCUUUGGGGGUGAUGUGCGGCGCAAGGAUACGAAUCGUGCACGGGACAUUGCAGGUUACAGCUUGGGGGACUCCUCGAGGACAAAGUCCAAUUUCCACCUGCAGGCGACAUGCGACAACGCCUACGCUUCCCUGGUGGACCUAGAGACCACGACUCCACUCUUGAUGGCUAUUUUCGGAUCGCAUGAGUACCUCGCAGCAGGUUGUGGGGGCGAUGUUGCUUUGGCUGGUGCAAUUGAGUACCAAGCUCUGCACCCUGACGCCAUUUGGGGCCCGCUUGACAAGCAUGUUGCAGACUACGACAUGCCACCCGCCGUGACGGUGAAUUUCGUGUUGGAAGACCUCACUUCGAUCAAUGGUCCGAUGCGGGUGGUGCCCGGUUCUCAUCGCUGGCGGCAUCGCCCUCCAACAUUGCGCGAGGAACCUGAUUGGAUGUUGCUGAACACACUGUGCCCGAUAAAAGCAGGAGCCGCAAUUCUUCGGGACAACCGACUUUGGCACGGUGGCACCCCGAACCUUUCCGACAGGAUGCGCGCCCUGCCUAACAUGGAGUAUUUCCCUCCUGGAGCCCUGCCUUCUUUGGGUUGGCUGGAUCGGCACACGAUGCCGUGGCAGAUCUGGAAGGAUCUUUCUCCCCUCGCACAGUACAUUUCUCGACACGUUGUGGCCCCGCCUGAAGAGUCCAUCCCGGGGGUCAACGAAUACUCCCCAGCAGCGAUUCUUGAGAUCAUGCCCUUCCUGCGAUAG